CGUUUCGUCAUAGGAAACAGAGCACCUCGCUAUGAGCUCAUCAAUUUCUCCGAAUGCGAUGCGGUCUUCUUCGAGAAAUACAAAUGAUGAAGUGUAUAUCUACGACCUGCCACAAGUGGAUCGUAACGAUCUUUGUGCUAUUCUAGAUGAAUUAGAUGUUUGGUCAACAUUGGCCAUAGACCAUAUGCACUAUUCCAGUAAAGACUUGCAGGUUAUUAAAAGAGCUGUCCAAUGCAAGGGUUGUUCACCUACAAAUGAAUUGUUGAAUAUGUGGGGUGAAUAUAAUCACACAGUUACUGAAUUGUUCGUACUGCUCUAUAGAAUGCGUCUGUACAACGCUAUGGAUGUUAUUAAAUCAUCCGUUGAUCCAAAAUACCACAAACUCAUUACAAUCGAUCAACCAGAUUUGAGUAAUUUAAUGCAGAAGUCAAAAUCUGUAAAAAUUCUUAACUGCAAGAACACAUCAACAGGUGUUAGCAAUUCAAACAAUGAAUCCUCCCGUUCAGAUGAUGACUACACAUCUACGACGUCAGACAGUAAACCUCAAUCUGAAGACUGGAAAAUACGAAAUGUCAAAGAAUAUGCCAGCACAAUUCCACAAAUAGACUACAAUGAAUUAAUUCAAGCAACAGACGGUUGGAAUCCGGAUUACGUUCUCGGAAAAGGUGGAUUCGGAACGGUGUUCAGAGGAUGCUGGAAACAGACAACGGUAGCAAUUAAAAAAAUUAUCUACAACAGUGCUGAUAAUGGAGACAAAAUUCAAAUACAACAAAGUCUUAACGAAUUGAAGCACCUCAAUUCAUGUCGUCAUGAUAAUAUUUUACCCCUUUACGGAUAUAGCAUAAACGGAGAUCACCCAUGUCUUGUGUAUCAACUAAUGUCGGGGGGAUCAUUAGAAGAUCGUUUGAAGGCGAAAACUUGCGAACCAUUAACGUGGACACAGAUGUUGAAUAUUGCCCGAGGAACAGCUAGAGGUCUUCAAUAUCUUCAUACGUUCCGUGAGAAACCUUUGAUUCACGGUGACAUCAAACCCGCGAACAUAUUGCUCGAUCCCUGUAAUCAACCACGAAUUGGCGAUUUUGGUUUAGCUCGUGAGGUGCGUUCCCAAACCGAAUCAAUGGAAGUGUCUCGGGUUUAUGGAACAAAGCCGUAUAUACCAAAGGACUUUUUUGAUCACAAAUCAUUAAGUACCAAAGUUGAUACAUUUAGUUAUGGAGUUGUAUUAUUGGAAAUGUUCACCGGUUUGCGAGCAUACGAUUCAACUCGUGCGCAACGUUUCUUAUAUUCACAUGUAACAUCUGCCUUAAAUAACGGUACUCAAAUCCAAGAUAUAAUCGAAAAGAAACUGAAAAUCAAUGCAGAUGUAGUAGAAAUAUGUAAGAAAGUGAUAAUUAUUGGAAUAUCGUGUAUAUCGACAAAUUCGGAAAAUAGACCGGAAAUGGUAAUGGUCCUUCGAAAUUUAGAGAAUCUGUAAUCAAAACUGUGCAAUCAAAUGAAUUUACAUUAAAAUAGAUUAUUUACUGACACGGAGCAUAACCUUAAGGCUCUAUUUUAAUCACAUUAUGUUAAUUUAAAUCAAUAUAUUAUUUUCAUAUUAUAUAA